AUGAAUGAACCGACAAAACCAGUGGGAGUAUUCUAUCGACCUACGUCUCAUGUGUCUGGACCAGAUGCAUUUGAGCCAUCUUCACCGCAGUCGUCAUCUUCAUCUGCUGUUGGGUAUCAUGAGACAGGAGAUGAAAUAUAUGACCGCGUGUCAUCACGUCGCAAGCAUAUUAUCGUGACAGUCCUGUCCUUUUGCGCUUUCCUCUCGCCAUUGUCAAGCACUAGCAUCCUGGCUGCUGUUCCUGAGGUAGCAGAGACAUAUCACACGACUGGCUCUAUCAUCAACGUGAGCAAUGCUGCAUAUAUGGCUCUGAUGGGUAUAUCGCCUGUCAUUUGGGGGCCCAUGAGCCAGGUAUUCGGCAGACGACCAAUGACACUAUUAACAGCUGUAUUGUUCUUCUUGCUGAGCAUGGCUACUGCCCUUGCUCCGAAUCUGGCAGCCUUUUUUGUCUUCAGAGCGCUCUCAGCCUUUGAAGGAACUGCCUUCAUCUUAUUGGGAGCAGCUUGCCUGGGAGAUAUAUAUCGCCCUACAGAGCGAGCAACUGCUCUCGGAUGGUUCAUGUCUGGAACAUUAAUUGGGCCCGCACUUGGUCCGUUCAUUGGCGGUAUCUUGGUGACUUAUGCAACAUGGAGGUCUAUCUUCUGGCUCCAGACAGCAUUGGCUGGCACCGGUGUUUUGGGUGUCUUUUUUCUCGUGCCUGAGACAAUCCACCACAAACAAAUCGAAGAUUUAGAAGGCCAACCCAGGAAAGAAAAGAUCAAAGCCGUACUUCGUAUGACGAACCCGAUUCGAGUAAUUCGGCUGUUUCGAUAUUGGAACCAGGUGCUCGUAGCACUCGCCAGUUCAGCACUCGUGUGGAACAUGUAUAGCUUGCUCACUCCAAUUCGGUACGUGCUAAACCCGCGAUUUCACCUGGAAUCGCCGAUGCUAUCAGGGCUUUUCUACCUAGCACCAGGUAGCGGCUAUUUGCUGGGCACAUUCAUGGGAGGGAGAUGGGCAGACAGAACGGUAAAACAGUGGAUCAAAAAGCGCAAUGGUAUACGCAUCCCAGAGGAUCGUUUGCGGUCUGCACUACCAUUCAUGGGUAUUCUCAUGCCAAGCUGUGUACUUGUCUAUGGGUGGACGGUAGACAAAGCUGUAGGUGGCAUCCCUGUGCCGGUCAUUAUGCUCUUCUUGCAAGGCGUUGGGCAGCUCUUUGCCUUCCCCUCUUUGAAUACGUACUGCUUGGAUGUGAUGCCCGGACGCGGUGCAGAAGUAACGGCAGCAAAUUACUUCGUUCGGUACCUAGCUGGUUGCGUGGGCACUGCUGUGGUUCUGCCUGCCAUCGACGGAAUCGGCGUCGGGUGGUUUGAGACCAUUUCAACAGCAUUAAUGGUCCUCUCAACACUCGGCGUCAUGGCUACUAUUCGAUGGGGUAAAGGGUGGAGAGAAAGUAUUGACGCAAAAAAGAAAGGCUCGGCCAGCGACGAGAGUGGCGAGGCGACCGAUGUGGAAGAUGAGGCAAGCAAUCACGGCCACGAGACCAAAGUUAUGGGUGAUGAAAAGCCAAAAGAAACAGUUUGA